GGACACCCGCCCGCGUCCGUGGUAUCGACCGUUUCCGUUUGGGGGAUGGAAACGGUGGAGGAGGGCGAGGGCGCAGCCGCCGUCUCGCCGCGGCAAACCAGGCCAACGCUGCGCGAAAUCGCCCGCUUCUGUAUCAACACGUUCAGAGCGUUCUAUGUCGGCGGGGACGUUGGACAAUCAGCAACCACCACCACCACCACCAACGUCGCUGCUGGCAGCUCGAGAGCCACCGCCUGUCGAGGGACAGAGAUCCCGCGUGCCCCGACCAUGGGCAAUCUGCAGAGCGACGGGAAGAAGAGGACCAAGAAGGGCAAGGGUCAGGACGGCACAGCGAGCGCUGGUGGUUCCAUCGACGGCCUAGACGAGACCGGCGAUGACGGGGACACGGAAUAUAGAUCACCAAGGAAACCUCCUGGUAGACAGGAGGAGAGAAGCGUGUUCGAGAAGUCGAGGACGCCGUUCCAUGGGAAACGGCAGGCUCCUAAGCCACCUGGAUCUGCUCAGAGAAAGAUCCCUGAGCCUGGUCCAGUGGCUUCGGAUAAGAUAGCCCAGGAUCGCGAGAAAAUCGAACCGGAGAAUGGAUCUCGACGAUCGACAGACACGGUCGAACCGACCGACACGAAACAAGAGGUGGAUCUGUCGAAUAUAUUAAUGGUACCGGUCUCCUGUCUCGCUCAGAGGCAGGGUCCGGUCGUUUUGGUGACCGAUAACUGGCGGAUGGUCAACCAGGCUGUGGUCGUGUCAGAGGCCUCGAUGCCACCCAGCCAGGAAUCGUCCAGCGACAGCGUGUACACCGAUCCCGAAGGUACAGGUACAGGCGUAACGGAAGCUGCGAAACAAGAGUUGCCCGCUGUCGUCUCAUCGCCAUCCAUCGCCAUCAAUGCAUUUCCGGUACCGAAAGUCCCGGACGACGAACCGUCUGACUCGUGUCCUCUAACUGAGAAUCGUGUCAUCGUCACGCUGAUCUCAACCCUGCCGGAACAAAUCAGAUCCAGGCUUACGGAGGCUGAGAUCCAACAGUUCGCGACUAGCUUGUACUCGAGACUGUACUCGGACGGGCUGCUUGGAACGAUCGCUCUCGACGAUGAGCCAGAGAGCAAAAACGACACGAAAGACCAGCCCGAAGAUCGAGUCGGCUCGCCGGUGUCCAAUGACCCUAACGCACAACUACCCGAGAAUGAUCGUCGAGACUCGGAAAGGGAGACGUUAAGACGCGAGGUCGAGCGACUUCGUGAACUAACUAGAACAGUGAACAGGUCGACCCAAGGUAAAUCCACGCAGACCUCGCCCUCCAGGCCAAGAACCUCUGGCGAUACCCCCUCGCCAUUAGAGGCGUCCAACGUGAAGGAUGUUAUUCUCGAAGAACCGUCUUCCGUCACACCGCUCGCGAAUGGCUCGAAAGACGCGAGAUGCGCGAGAAACGACGCGGUUAGAACCACUCGUAUGUCGCCUGUACCAUCGUCAACCUCGCCACUGCCACCACCAAUUUCAUCCCCUCCAGCGUAUUCUAAUUCAGCUAUCGCGCCUCCGCCGCCGCCGCCACCUCCACCCUCACCAUUCCUAGAUCAACGUCCUAUUAGUAUACCCACGGUUCCAGCUGUCCCAUCUUUUUCCAUACCACCUCCACCCCCCUUACCGCCCUGUCCCCUAGCAGCACAGUCGAUUCCGUCGCAAACUUUACCGUCGUUAACCGGAAUACCACCGCCCCCGCCCCCUCCUCCGUUUCUACCGCCACCCCUGCAACCGUUAAGCAGAGAAACACCUGUAUCGCCACCUGUUCCACCGCCCCCACCUCCACCGCCAUCCACAGCGCCAACUAACAGUGUGAUAACGAGUGCUCCGCCGCCCCCUCCACCUCCACCGACACCGUCGAUCGCUUCGAUUCCACCGCCACCACCUCCACCUCCACCAGUACCGUCAUUGUCGACACCUCUGAUCGGUGGACUAUGCGAAAGUUCCUCGAUACCUCCACCUCCACCCCCACCUCCGCCUCCUGCACCCUCGAUAAGCGGUAUAGGAGGACCACCGAUUCCACCUCCGCCGCCUCCACCGUCUUUAAUUGGAGGAAUACCACCGCCACCACCACCUCCGCCAGGCAUCGGAGGACCACCGCCACCUCCACCCCCGCCACCAAUCGGUGGAAUAGCAGGUGGUCCACCACCUCCACCAUUGUUCGGUGCACCCGGAACUGGACCACCACCGCCACCUCCUCCGCCAGGAGCUUUCCCAACAACCCAAGGACCGUGCCCAUUACCAGCCCCACCGGUCGGAGGAUGGAACCCGGCGAGCAGAGCGCAUAUGCGAAAAGAACCGAUGUGCCCAGAGGUGCCCAUGAAGCCGCUUUACUGGACGAGGCUGCUGGUACCGGCGGUCCCGACGGAACGUGGUUCCGUCGACGUUUUGGACUCUCCCGCUCAAGGUCCAGUAUGGGCGGAGCUCGAGGAAGAGACAAAUCUGGACAUGAAAGAGUUCGCCGGUCUGUUCUCGCGCCAGGUGACCGAGCGAAAACCAGUGAAAAAGGCGGACGAUUCCACGAAGCCGUCUAAAGUUCAGACAGCGAAGAUCCUCGACUCGAAGCGCUCGAAGACCGUCGGUAUCCUCGAGAAGAGCCUGCGCGUAGACUUCUGCGAGGUGGAGAACGCUGUGUACAAUUUGGACACCAGCGUGAUUAGUUUGGAGGCGUUACAACAAAUAUACGAAAUCAGACCAACCGCGACGGAGCUGGAGGAUAUAAAGUCCUUCGAGGAAGUGAAUCCCGAGGUCCCGUUGGAUCAACCAGAGGUUUUUCUCAAAAAGUUAUCCUGUAUAAAUCAUUUCUCGGAGAGGAUAGCCUGUCUGAUGUUCCAAUCGGAGUUUCACGACGCGAUCUCCUUGGUCUCGUCCAAGCUGACCAAUCUGCGCACCACUUGCGACUUUCUUCGGAACUCUAGCUCCCUGAAGAAGGUCAUAGCGUUGGUCCUGACGCUUGGUAAUUACAUGAACGGUGGGAACAGGACACGAGGACAGGCGGACGGUUUUGGGCUUGAAAUCCUCGGGAAAUUGAAGGACGUCAAGUCGAAUGUCCCUGGUAUAACCUUGCUGCAUUACGUGGUGAGGGCCAGACUGGCUCAAGAGAAGGAUCACAACUUCGAGGAACCUUUGCCGUUGCCAGUUCCCGAACCGGCGGACGUCGAGGCUGCCUCGACCAUAAACUUCGAUAAUAUUUCGGGAGAGCUUGAAAGGUUACGAAAAGAACUGCAAGCCUGCACUGAGAAGUGCACCGUUGUCGUGGAAGCUGACCCCGAAGCGUCGGGACCGUUCAAGUCGAAAAUGAACUCGUUUUUUCGCGAGGCGACCGCGGAACUGGCGAACGAGCAGGAGGCGAUGCAGGAGGCCAGGAGCAAAUUCAAAGCUGUGAUGCAGUUCUAUCAGUACACCCCGAAAGGAGCCAGUCUGGACACGGCUGAUCCGAACGCGUUCUUUGUUCUGUGGCUAGGUUUCUGUCAGGACCUCAAGGACAUUUGGAAAAAGGAACAACAACGAAUAAGAAAGGAGCGUAUGGAGGAGAUACGGAAGAAGUACGAGAACAAGAAUAAAGUCGAGAAGACCAAAAAAAGCGCCACGGGGUUGAAGGCACGGCUUCAAAAGCUCUCGCGAAAGUAGAUAGUGAUUUAUGGUCGCUGCUCCGUUGGCAUGAAUUGUUCUUAUGUCUUCGGUGCAAUGUUCAAUGCACACGCUUCCCCUGAAGAGGCAUGCGUCCGACCUUCGAGCAACGAGGAUAACAUAGUCUGACUGUCUCGAAAAUGACAGGCUCUUGUGGAUCGGACCGUUCCGUUCGGUCCGUCCCUCUCUCUUUCUGCGGCACUAAUUUCGAGAUCGAAUACACCAUAUUUCUAUCGCGUAGACACGUUCGUACCGUGAAUCUGUUAAACUGUAAAUAAGCUCGUUAAGUUUGCACGCACAAUUUGUAU